GUGGAAGUUUAUGUUCAAAGAGUAUAGGUCUGGUUUGGGUUUUGUGUAAACCUGUGCUCACUCCGUACGGGUUGCCAUCUUUAAUUUCCUUCUUAUUCUCUGAGCUAAAGGUUGGCGAAGCGGCCAAAGGCUGAAGGACCUUCAUCAUGACGAACUCUAAGGGUUAUCGCCGUGGAACGAGAGAUUUAUUCUCUCGGAAAUUCCGUCGGAGUGGGACCAUUCCACUUGCGACGUAUAUGCACGUCUACAAAGUUGGAGAUUAUGUAGACAUUAAAGGCAAUGGUGCUGUGCAGAAAGGAAUGCCCUUUAAAUUUUAUCAUGGGAAAACUGGUCGAGUUUUCAAUGUGACUCCUCAUGCUGUUGGUGUCAUUGUCAACAAGCGAGUGAGAGGCAGGAUCAUUGCCAAGAGAAUUCAUGUUCGUAUUGAGCACAUUUCCCACUCUCAGUGCCGAACUGAUUUUCUGAAAAGAGUAAAGGAGAAUGAAGCAAAACGUAAAGAAGCCAAGGAAAAGGGUGUUUUCUUUAAUCUGAAGAGACAGCCUGCCCAGCCUAGAUCUGCGCAUGUUGUGCUUGGGAAACAAGAACCCGUUUUACUGGCACCUAUUGCUUAUGAGUUUGUGGCAUAAAUGUAAAUGUAUCUUUAAAUAAAAAUGAUUUUGAAAUUUAAAUGUUUCAAUGAAUUUAGUCUUUGUAAAAAUUAGUUCCCAAGUACUAUUUGGUCCUUCACAUGUGAUAAUAAACUUAAUGAAUUGAUAUUCAAACAGUAAGAUUUCUGCCUCAAGAUUCAUUAAUAAGGUUAGAGCAUUGAGUCAAAAAAAUAUACUGUUAUGUAAGCUAAGGAUAAAAGCUUUUAAAAAUAGUCAAUUUUAUGUGGACUUUGCAAAGUAUUGAAGUUGUGAAAGUAUAUACAUUGAAGAUAAAAAUAGGAAUUGUUGGAGUAGGGUAUUUUUGCUGCAGUUGACCAAGGGUUAGGGUGAUAAAUAGAAAUUUUACCAGAAAGUUAAUAAUGUAAUAAAGUCAUAAAUGUGUGGAAUCCAAUGUUACAGAUAUCUAGCCAUCAAUUAAAACUUAAUAAUUCCUUGAUGGGAAGUAGUGAAAUACGAUGUUCAGAAGCAUGAGGAUGAAAGAAAAUGAGUUUGUUUUUAAAUGCAAGGUGAAUUGAAAGCAAUAAACUGGAAUGUGAUUAUCCUGUCAGGCGCUUCAUUACAACGUAAAUUUUUGAAGAUCCUGAUUGAAAAACUGUAUUCCAGCUGAUCAAAAGUAAAUUCUUCCUAUAAAUUGGAGUAUAGUUAUUUUUUUCUGAGAUAGUUGAAUUUAAAAUUUAUCAUAAAGAUUGGGCACAACCUAUGUUUAGGUUAUGGUCUUUGUGAUCUUUUUAUGUAAUUGCGAUUACUUUCUGGCAAAAAAAAUAUUUUUUAAAGCUUACCGUAAAGAUUAAUCCAUGCAGUGAAAAAGGAAGUGUAAGGGACAAACUGAUAUCUUGCACAGUGCUUAAUUCAAUUUUAAUAAAAUUAAUGCACAAAAUUGAAGGUGAGUACAUAUGGGUAUAUAAAAUAGACUAUGCUUUUAUGAAUCAGGUAAUUAAUUGAUGAGAUGUAUUAUCUACUAUUUCUGUUGCUCAAUGUGAUAAUUUCUCAAGCAGAAAAAAAAUUGUUAUAGUAAUGAACUUAUUACAGCGUAACUGAUAUACAAUGAUUACUUAA